AUGCACGCCAUCCUCGCAAGCAACGUGGUCAAACCGCGCUUUUUUCCAGUGACAGCUAGCGGGCCGCGGAACCGCCCCAGCACCCGCUUUAUCCUCGCUGACACCGAGCGCGCGAUAUUUGCCGAGUGGGCUGUUGUGCAGGCCCAGCGCCACGGCACAGCAGCUGGGAAGGAAGCAUGCAUGCUAAACAUGGAAAGCAGCUUCGCCCAGCCUGAUAAGACCUCUCCUUGUGGUUGACUACAGGCCCGUGGCGGCUGGGCGCAGCUGGACUGGGCACUGGCUGUCGUACGAGAGACAGGACCGUCCGACGGUGUGAGUGCUGAGCCCCACGGUCUCCGCCGCGUGUUUGCUGAGCUUGGGUCGACGGCGGCUGCCAAGCGUUGGCUCUGCCUGUUGGGAUGGGUAGGGCAGCACCACAACCA